AUGGGCAUUCAAUCAAUAUGGUGCCUUCUGCUGAUUCUACUCAUUCAAGAAAUAGAGAGCGACUGGUUAAAUUGUGGUUUUAUCCUAGAAUGCCAUUGCAAGUGGUCUUCGGGCAAAAAGACUGCCUCCUGUGUCUCGGCAGGCCUAACACAAAUCCCGCGAUUAGCAUCGGAAAUUCAAGUUCUCGAUCUACACGGAAACGUCCUGAGACAACUGUACGAGGACGCCUUUGUCGCUACGGAAUUACUAAACUUGCAGCGGUUAAACUUAAGUGGUACGCAUUUGCAUUUCUUGCAUCACAACGCUUUCAGAGAGCUCCGUAUUUUAAUAGAAUUAGACCUUUCGGACAACGAGCUCACUCAACUUUCUCCUGACACUUUCAAAGGGAACGACCGUUUGAGGCUUCUGGUUCUUAACGACAACCCUUUGAGCCAAUUAGUUGUGGAGCAGUUCCCGCCUCUGCAACAUUUGAAGAAAUUAGAACUUUCACGAUGUCGUCUGAGGCGUGUGCAUCCCUUUGCGUUCGUGAAUCUGCGGGCUCUGGAAACUAUACACGUACAUCAGAAUUAUCUGUCGUACCUCCACCCAGAUACGUUCAACCUUCCGCUUUUGAAGACCCUCACACUUUCUGAUAAUCCCUGGUUCUGCGAUUGCAGAUUACGAAACUUUCACGAGUGGUAUUUAACUAGCAAUUUAGGUAAUGAGAAUUUAGUGUGCAUCGGACCAAAUAGUAAAAACCAAGUGUCAUGGAGAGAUUUGAAAAGUAUAGACAUGGCUUGCCCUCCGACUGCUGUCACGAGCCCUUCAAUUAUCCGAACAGAAAUAGGAGCCGAUAUUUAUUUCGGAUGCCUCAUAAAAGGAGAUCCAACGCCGUCUGUAUCUUGGACGUUUCAUCUACAAGAGAUAUCGAAUAGCAGUAAUAGUUUUAGUGAAAUAAUUAUUUACAGAUAUCGCUUAAGACAUUUCGAUGAAUAUAGAGACGAUGUUGUUAAUAAAAGUGCUCAGUGGGUGAACGUUACUAUCAACAAUGUGACGAGUGAAUUCGCCGGUGAAUGGAAGUGCACUGCUAAAAGUGUAGUAGGAGAAGCGAACGCUUAUCUAACUAUAUUUCUUCCAAAAGCAAGAAUGGCGACUGCCCGCAGUGCCCCCAAUUACUCUAACUUGUUCAUAGCUGCUGGAUCUAUGCUAGCAAUGGCAGGAGUUGGUAUAAUAGCUACUUGUAUAUGCUGGAAGACUCGGAGAAGAGUUCCACCGAGUCGAAGCUUUACUGAUCAAGAAAAAAAGCUCUUAGAUACAUCUCUAGCAGCGAGUUGUGAACGAACCAGCACCGAGAUGGGAUCUUCAUACGGAUUUGAAAUGUUCGAUCGUUCUGUAUCUAUGGAUAGUGAAAAUUGCAUUGAACCUGUUCAUAUAACGAUAGAAGGACCUUCGGGAAGUUUCCCACCCCCGCCUGCGGAAUUUGCUUUGCCAGCACCGUAUGGUAAUAUUUUCAUAUCGGUCCAAGUGACGGGUCACAAUGAGAAGUACCCUGAUUUGUUAGGUGGUGGUUCGACUCUACCAAGACGUAGUAAGACUUGUUUUCUAAAACCGAGUUACGAUAAUAUGGGACCUAGGGUUACUGCCACUGGUAGCUCUACUUGGUCCCUGCCCGGGCCUAAUACUGAACUAGGUGAAAUUCAAGGAUCGGUGCCAAUGACCACAUUUUCAUCAGAAUUUACAGCCUUAUAG